GUCGGGAUCGUUUCGCACCUCCUCUCCCCGGAAAUGCCACGCCUUCUCCCCGCUGAUAUAAACGCGUGAACAACUGCCAUCUCUGCACAUCUCUACCCCUACAAUGUCGGGCGUUGACCUUGCCAAAGCUGUCGGGUACCAGCAGGAAGACAAGCCAGUGGCUUGGAAUCAAAGAGACCUCCUAGUCUACGCGGUGGGCAUUGGCGCGAAGAAGGAUGACUUUUCGCUGGUGAACGAACUUGACAAGGCAUGGGCACCGUUCCCGACGUACCCCGUCGUCCUUGGCUUCAAAGGCACGACCCAGGAUGUGGUCGACUUCCGGCAGCUCAUGGCAGGUGGCAAGCUGACUCCCGGCCUGCCCAAGCUGAACCCGGACCGCGUCGUACAUGCCUCGCAGAGCAUCGAGAUCCUCAAGCCACUUCCGGCGGUGAGCGGACCUGGAUGGAAGCUGAAGAAACGCAACACCGGCGUGACAGAGAACAAGACUGGUCUGCUUGUCGAGGAAGAGACUAUCCUGGUUGACCCACAGGGGACACCCUACGCAAAGCUCUACUCUGCGGCAUUCAACCUCGGCGCGCGACCCACGGGCACCAACUUCUCCAAACGCAUCGCCGGUCCGCCGCAAGCGAAGCCCGUCCCGAAAGACAGGAAGCCCGACUGGGUCAUCCGGGAUCAAACCACCCCCGAGCAAGCCGUCCUCUACCGGCUCAGUGGCGACUACAACAUGUUGCACAUCGACCCGAGUAUCGGCCAGGCGUCCGGCUUCGGCGGGGUGAUCCUGCACGGCCUGGCGACAUACGGCUUCGCCGCGCGCGCGCUCGUGUCCGCCAUCGGCGGGAACGACCCGCGGUCGCUGCGCUUCUACGCGGUGCGCUUCACCGCGCCCGUCAAGCCGGGAGACGCCCUCGAGACCUCGGUGUGGGAGGUCGGCCCCGGCCCUGACGGUACGACGGAAGUGACGUUCGUGACGAAGAACGUGACCACCGGGAAGGUCUGCCUCGGUGCUGGGGUUGCGUACAUCAAGAAGCUGGAGAAAGGAAAGCUCUGAUUGUUGGAUAUCUCGGUCCUAUGUUCCCCUCUGUAUUGGUUACCUGCGCUGCCUUCAACAAGGAAUGGCUAGAGCCUAGAGAUGCAGCUGGGCAUCUACUCACAUAAGUACUGCAGGGUGUGUAGCCUUGUUGCGUCAGCAGCGGCCAGCGAAUGAGGGGCGUACAUAGCAUGUGACCGACGCGUCGGUGGCGCGAGUCGAACGCGUAUUCCUCUUUAUCUCUGACCA